UGCCAAGCUUCCACUUUGAUUCAGCUUUAUCUCUGGCCGCCACCUAGUCACCUACCAACCAGAACCAUUGCGAAUGUUGUUGUAAAUGAACGAAUCUAAGUCAAACGAAAGAAUCUAGAUUUCACUUGUUGGUUGCAGCAUCGUUAACUAGCCUUUCUUCUUCAUUCUCUGGCCAACCAUAAUGUCUCAUCGUACCUUGUUUUUCCUCUUGCUUAACAUAACUCUCCAUGUUCUGACUUCAGAGUCAGCAACUGAAUUUGUCUACAACAGAGACUUCAACUCCUCCAACAUAAAACUCGAGGGUAACGCCACCAUUCAGAACUCAAUCCUCACGCUCACAAACCAGACCUUUUUCUCCAUAGGGCGUGCGUUUUACCCUCACACAAUACCAACGAAGCCUCCAAACUCUUCCACUCUUCUUCCUUUUGCAACUUCUUUCAUCUUCUCCGUUGCCCCUUGCGAGAACUUCCCCGUGGCGCAUGGUUUCGCGUUUAUCUUCUCGCCUAGGAUGGCCAUAAAUGGAGCACUCUCGGGGAACUACUUGGGCCUCUUUAACCGCUCCACUUCAGGUAACUCCUCCAACCAUGUUUUGGCGGUUGAGUUUGAUGAUUUUAGGAACGAGGAUUUCAACGAGGAGAAUGAUAAUCAUGUGGGUGUGGACUUGAAUUCCAUGAUUUCGUUGUAUUCGGAGCCUGCUGGGUUCUGGGGUGGGAGAGAGGGUGAGGAGUUGGAGGGUUUGAAGCUGGCUGAUGGUAGAAACUAUCAGGUUUGGAUUGAGUUUGAGGAUUCUGUGAUUAAUGUUACUAUGGCCCCUGCUGGGAAAAAGAAGCCUCAUAGGCCUUUGAUUAGUAAGUUUAUUAACCUUUCUUGGGUUUUGGAGGAUGAAAUGUACGUGGGGUUUUCUGGAGCAACUGGGAGAAUGGUGGACAUUUGUAGAAUCUUGGCUUGGAGUUUUAGUAAUUCUAAUUUUUCAAUUGGUGAUGCUUUGAGUACCAAGCAUUUGCCUAUGUAUGUGCAUCCAAAGAGAUUGGUGUUUAGAUCAAAUGGUUUUAUUGUAGGUAUAACUUUUGGGGCUUUUUUUGUGGGUGGAUUUUGUGCUUUGGUGGUUUUCUUCAGCUUGUUUAGAACCAAAAGAGGAGCGAAGCAGGAAAGUUUUGAAGACUGGGAGUUGGAGUAUUGGCCUCAUAGGAUUAACUAUCAGGAGAUUUGUGAUGCAACAAGUGGAUUCAGUGAAGAGAAAGUGAUUGGGAUUGGAACAAGUGGGAAAGUGUACAAGGGUGUUUUGAAGGGAGUGGAGGUUGCGGUUAAGAGCAUCAAUCACGAGACUCGCCACGGAAUGAGAGAGUUUCUGGCAGAGAUUUCAAGCGUAGGAAGAAUGAAGCACAGGAAUUUAGUGGGGUUCAGAGGGUGGAGCAAAAGAAAAGGAGGGAAACUGUUACUGGUUUAUGAUUACAUGGUGAAUGAGAGCUUGGACAAGAGGAUCUUUGAGUGUGAAGAGACCAUGCUGCUGAGAUGGGAAGAGAGAAUUAGAGUUUUGCAAAAUGUAGCUGAUGGAAUCUUGUAUCUACAUGAGGGUUGGGAAGUUGAGGUCUUGCAUAGGGACAUCAAAUCUAGUAAUGUGCUACUUGACAGGGACAUGAAUGCUAGAUUGGGGGAUUUUGGGCUUGCAAGGCUGCAUCACCAAGAACAUGUGGCUGACACAACAAGAGUGAUAGGAACUCUGGGGUACUUGGCGCCGGAACUAGUCCGAAUCGGGCGACCGUCGUCUGCAUGUGAUGUGUUCAGUUUUGGAGUGUUGGUUUUAGAAGUAGUGUGUGGGAGAAGGCCUAUUGUAGCAGAUCAACCACCAUUGGUUGAUUGGCUGGUUUCCCUUGUGGAGAAAGGAGAAUUGAGUUGUGCUAUUGAUGAGCGCUUGAAGGGUCAAAGUGAGUAUAAUGCUGAGGAAGCUGAGAGGUUGCUUCGUUUGGGUUUGUUAUGUGUAAGUACAGACCCUAGUGUUAGGCCAACAAUGAGGCAAGUGGUGAAAGCAUUGGAGGGAGUAAAGUGCACUGAGUGUAAUGAAGAGUGCAUCCAUUUGGGUCUUCUUGGAAAAAUAGACUCAGCAGCAUCAUGGUCUAAGAGUUCUACAAGUUCUGCCAAUGUAAAUUAUCCUACCUUUGAUGAAAUUUUGCAGACCAAGUUUUAUUCUACAGCAUCUUUAAGCAUCUCUUGUCCCAGCCCACAGCUGGAGUCAGAGUUUGUCUCAGAAGGAAGGUGAGAGCUGAAAAUGAUUCAAUCGCUAUCCUAAUAUUGAAAUUACAGGGAGCCAAGGCUGCAGCUGUGAAGUGAAAAACAUUUCCAUUUGUAAGUGACAGCACUUGUUGCUCCAAAUGUCUUGAGUUUCGCUAAAAUAGUGAUCUCAACUCUCCAUGAUUGAGGCUGCCAAGAUUUGCAUAAAAUUGUUUUUUUUUUUUUGUGUCAUUUUUUUUAAUAAAUUUCUUUCUUUGGUGUUGUAGUUCUUUGAAUACAGCUUAUUGGAUAAAUCUUCAACGCAACAUAAAAAUUAAUUUGACACUGAAUUUUCUUUGUCUUUACUA